UCAUGCAAAACAACCAACUAAACAUAACAGAUUACAUCAGCUCAGGCUUUUCAAUUCCUGGAUGGCAGCAGAGUGCUAAUCCAACCUUCAUCCUGGAUUUCAUAAACUGAAACAAGGGAGGCUGGCAGGAGCAGCGCUGCCGGAUUGAGGAAGCUGACGACGCUGCAACAUGUGGGCAACACACUGUAUAAAGCCCAUAAACUUGUAGGCUGAUGUGUGCAGCUACCACUUUGGAUUCCGUACCGCCGCUUCCCUCGGCAAGAAGCACCAGCAGGCUGAGCACUGAGACCUGCUCUGUGGCAUGGAGAAUUUACCCCUGCAAGACAUGAAGGGCUUCCUGUUCCUCACACUCCUCCUGAUGCCCGUGCYCGCUGGAGCUGCUUGGAGCGCCAAAUACGCAGUAGAUUGCCCUGAGCCCUGUGACAGCAAUGCAUGCAAAAGUACUGCGCGCUGCAAGAGAACGGUGCUGGAUGACUGUGGCUGCUGCAGGGUGUGUGCAGCCGCUCUGGGGGAGACUUGCUAUCGGACUGUCUCGGGCAUGGAUGGUGUCAAGUGUGGUCCCGGGCUGAAGUGCCAGUUUUACACUGAGGAGGAUGACUUUGGUGAUGAAUUUGGUAUCUGCAAAGAGUGUCCCUAUGGUAGCUAUGGAAUGGAAUGCAGGAAAACCUGCAACUGUCCUUCUGGCAUCUGUGACAGAGUAACAGGGAAGUGUUUGAAGUUCCCAUUUUUUCAACUUUCUGCUUCAAAGCCUCCAAGUCGACGAAAAAUAGCUUCACACACAGACAAUGACAUGGCAUCAGGAGAUGGAAAUUCUGUAAAAGAGGAAAUUGUUAAAGAGAAAGCUGUUCGCUCUCCAGUAAUGAAAUGGCUAAAUCCUCGCUGAUAUUUACUUACUCUCCUAAGACUUUCAAAGAAUGCAUUUCUCACAGGUUAUUGCAUAUGCAACAACACACUUUAAGAACAAAAUAGAUCUAUAACAUAUGGAAAUGUAAUCUCUGAAGGUCAAAUGUGUCCUGUUUCUAAUGAGAAAAAUGUUUACUUAAAAAUAGACUGUACAGUGUAUAUGACUUUUGAUAUUUGUUUUGAUAAGUAUUUGAAAAGAGAAAUGUAUUGUGGCUUUUUGGAUGUAUAGUAAUACUGAAAACCCAACAUGAUCAUAUAAAUAAUGUCAGAGGUUGACUCUUGCAGCCUGAGGCUGGGAAAGCUCUCACUGAGUUAMAGGGACAGUUUGGGAGAGCGAUACUAUUGACGAGGAGCCAACAAGAAACACAUUUCAACAACAUUCCGCAUAUAAAGCAACACCUUUGAAUCUCAAAAGUAAUAGCACAGGAGCACAACAAUGUGAAAUCAAUAAACCAACAUUAGUUCUUAUAGAUUUUCUGGUUUUUGGAAGUUUGGUGACAAUUCUUCAGAGAUCAAUAUGCCUUUCUUCAGUGAGAAAACUCCCAGCAUUUCAGUUUAUGCAUUGUGAAUAACUAUGGCAAGACACUGCAGACAUAUAUUGUAUUUAGGUGUAUUUCUAAAGUUAAAUUUUGUACAUAGGAACAGCAGAUUGGUAAAUCAUACCGAUUUGUAGAAGGGGAUCUGAAACAAAAGAAGCUGCUUAUCAUUAUUUAAAUAUAUAUGUUUCUAUAAACCAACUAGCUGGUGUCAUUAAGGUGACAUCUGCAUUUCUUGGGGAAGAGUGGUGAAAGGUCAGCAAAAGGACCUUCAUACUUUCCAUCUUCACUGCUGGCUAUGGCCCAGAUAUGACUCAUGGCGAGUUUAUUUGAUCCAGGGUAGGGUAGAUGCAGACCCUCAGCGAGUCGUAGUGCAGCCACAGACUGCAGUAUUUUGGUACCCAGUCCUUUGUUUCCCAGUUGCAUGAGCAAGUGGUCCYGUUUCAGCCAGAAGAAAAGCUUUCAUGUGCUGGAGCAUUACAGGAACAGGCAGUCCCUCAUACAAAACUGGAUAAUAAAUGUGUGUCAAAAAUCACCAUUGAGAUGAGUCUGCUAAAAUGUCUGGAAACAACCAGAUCCACAGAUAAUGAAAAUUAACAUCACUGUGUCAGAGCAAACCUGGAUUCCAUGAGUUUAGGAACUGCCUUGUAAUGCCAGCACUCUCACUGGAAAUGUGGCUUGAUUUUAAUAUUUCCUUUGAAAUCAACGUGAGCUUUACAAUGACUGCAGUAAAAGAAGGAACACACAGUACAGCAGCCAGAGAUUAGUUCACGAUCUGAGAGCAUACUUUUAAAACUAUGAACAACAGAAACUUUAAUGUCCUUAAAGAGCUGAUCCAAAGUCAACAUUCGUGRAAGCUGGAUGCUUUCACCUGGGAAAGCAGACAUGAAUCAUGCUGAUCUGCAACAAGAGGCUGAUGACAGCGGUAGACAUCCAAAUGUCAGGAUAGAAGUGCAGGUUCCCUUGCCGUGAUAAUUGGAGAYGCAUAAACAUAAAUCUCAAACUAGCUUAAUACCACAUUUUUAACUGUAAUGAACAACAGGGUCUGAGAGGGAACAUUAUCUUGGGCUAUUUACAAGCAAGUGUAUUGAUUUUAAUCUACUGAUACCAAAUAUAAUUUUUUCUUGAUUUCAGUGAAAGCAGGAUCAAACCCACAGUCUUCCAGCAGACUGAUGAGAAAUAUUUAAAGAAUGUAGUAAAUAUUGCAUACAUUAUUAUUUUGCAACCGUGUCAUAAAUGACAUUAUGAGUUCUUGAAUGUAAAUCUAAUAAGCAAGUUGGUUUUAAAAAGUGUAAUAUUAUUAUUGUUCAAUAAAAACCCCACA